CUUUGAUUGGUCAAAAAGAUCUAAAAAUUAGGUAGACAUACACUUUUUUGCCACUAAUUCUCAGACCAGACACACGGCUUCCGACCUGCCGCCGUGAUGGCCAUGUACGAGGUGCAGGAGCCGUGCUACUACUCGGUUCUCGAUGUGGACGCGGACGCAAGUCCUUCCGUGAUCGUCAAGGCUUAUCGCUCCAUGGCGCUCAAGUAUCAUCCAGACAAGAAUCCCAACGCUGAACCAGAGCAAUUCCAAGCGAUUACUGAGGCUUACGAGGUACUCUCGGACCCAGAAAAGCGACGGCUGUAUGACCACUACGGUCCAUCGCUCAAGCCUCGCCUAGGCGAGACUUUCGCCCAAUUAGCACCACUGCUACUGUCCUUCGCCACAGGCUUCAUUGGCUCCAGUACGCGCGCAUAUAGCGGCUCGCUCAGCACUCGAGCCAUGUUCGGCUGGGAGGUCUGUCUUAUGGGCGUCGCGGGCAUGUACUAUUGCUACCAGCCUAAUGCCAAGGACAGCGUAAAACCACCGAUCAAGCCCCAGAUCAAAUCGAAGAGAGAGGUCGUAUCCGUAUCCGACUACGUGACUAUCACAUCCAUGGGCCUAUUGAUGGGUAAUUUUACAGGCUGGGCAGCCACGGCGGUGGUGUUGCUCUGCAAGUCAAUUAUGCUGGGAAGUUAGUUGACGGUGAGUAGCCCUUAGUGUGAGGUGCAGCUGCACGAGUAUAAAGGAGACGAUAGUGUUUUUUUUGCAGGAGAGAAGAGAGGAACGAAGAGGUUCUGCCACUCACUUAACACAUGAGAUGCUUUAACGUUAUUUUACAAUUGUUUAUGUGUUGUCUGAUUGACAACAUUUCAGUGUGAAGGUCUUG